GCUGCUUGAAAGGCAGCACAACUACACGAGAGUGCGAGACUGAGUGAGAGACACAGCAGGGCCACACGCGGAAUUACCGAGAGAGAGAGAGAGAGAGAGAGAGAGAGAGAGAGAGGGAGAGGGAGCUGGAGGGAGAGAGAGGGAGCGGGAAGAAGAAUAGGGAAGGUAGAAGGAGAGGGAGAGAGAGAGAAGGAAAAGCAGAGAGAGAGAGAGAGAAGGGGGGAGAAAGCAGGGACAACAGUCAGUUUGAGGGAGAAACACAAAGGGAAGAGAAGGGAAGUGGAGCAGGGGAGAGGAGAGGGGGAGGCUGGGGGAGUUGAACACAGGGUGAACAGGAGAGAGAGAGAGAGAGAGAGAGAGAUACAUACACGGAGAGGGAGAGGGAGACAUACACAAACAGAGAGAGAGGCAAGGGGGAAGGAAAGACAAAAGAGAGAAGGAGAGAGAGAGAGGGAGAGAGAGAGAGGACAGCGCGAGCGCGGGGCGUGCAGGGGGGACAAGGGAAAUGGCCACUGAGGAGUCAACUGGAGGAGCUCGCAAAGCCACCAAGAGCAAACUGUUUGAGUUCCUGGUCCAUGGCGUGCGUCCUGGAAUGCCAUCUGGAGCGCGCAUGCCCCACCAGGGUGCGCCGAUGGGUCCUCCAGGCCCCCCGUACGGAGGGAGCCCCGCGGUGCGGCCCGGCCUGCCCAGCCCCGGCAUGGAGCCCAGCCGCAAGAGGCCCGCCGCCUCCCAGCAGGUCCAGCAGCAGCAGCCCGUCCAGAACCGGGCCCGCAAGAAGCCGGUGGGAUUCCCCGGAGCCAAUGAGAUGCCAGCCAGGCAGAUGGACAUGCGAGAAGCCCAAUCAGAUCCCACGCUCGGAUCAAACGCCAAGAGGAGGAAAAUGGCUGACAAGAUCCUGCCACAACGGAUCCGGGAACUGGUUCCUGAGUCCCAGGCCUAUAUGGACCUGCUGGCCUUCGAACGCAAACUGGAUCAGACCAUCAUGCGCAAACGGGUUGACAUCCAGGAGGCCUUGAAGAGGCCCAUGAAGCAAAAAAGAAAACUGCGACUCUACAUCUCGAACACCUUCAACCCAGCCAAGCCCGAUGCUGACGACUCAGACGGAAGCAUCGCAUCUUGGGAGCUAAGGGUGGAGGGCAAGCUGCUUGACGACGUAGGGAAACAGAAGAGGAAGUUCUCAUCGUUCUUUAAGAGUUUGGUCAUCGAGCUGGACAAAGACCUGUAUGGACCCGAUAACCACCUAGUAGAGGGGUCAAACAUUCAUCUAAAGAACGUAUCAUAUGAAGCUGCCGGGACUGAGUGGUGUGUGAGAGGCCAAACCAGAGGCAGUAGAGGCAGAGAUUCUAGGAGUAUGAUCUCUCUGUGGCACCGCACGGCCACCACCCAGGAGACGGACGGCUUCCAGGUCAAGAGGCCGGGGGACGUCAGCGUACGCUGCACCCUGCUGCUCAUGCUGGACUACCAGCCUCCUCAGUUUAAGCUGGACCCGCGGCUGGCCCGCCUGCUGGGCAUCCACACCCAGACCCGCUCCUGCAUCAUCCAGGCCCUCUGGCAGUACGUCAAGACCAAUAAGCUGCAGGACUCACACGACAAGGAGUACAUCAACUGUGACAAGUACUUUCAGCAGAUAUUCGACUGUCCUCGUCUCAAGUUCUCCGAGAUCCCCCAGCGCCUCACCAACCUGCUGCUGCCCCCAGACCCCAUAGUUAUCAACCACGUCAUCAGUGUGGAUCCAAAUGACCAGAAGAAGACGGCGUGCUAUGAUAUUGACGUGGAGGUGGAGGACCCUCUGAAGGCCCAGAUGAGCAGCUUCCUGCUCUCCACAGCCAACCAGCAGGAGAUCGCCUCAUUGGACAACAAGAUCCAUGAGACCAUCGAGUCCAUCAACCAGCUGAAGAUCCAGAGAGACUUCAUGCUGAGCUUCUCCAGGGACCCCAAGGGCUACAUCCAGGACUGGCUCAAGUCCCAGAGCAGAGACCUCAAGCUGAUGACUGACGUGGUGGGGAACCCUGAGGAGGAGCGCAGGGCUGAGUUCUACGAGGAGCCCUGGACACAGGAGGCCGUAAGCAGAUACUUCUACUCUAAGAUCCAGCAGAGGAGACAAGAGCUAGAGCAAGCACUGGCCAUGAGGAACACCUAAAUCUGACCUUUGACCCCUACCACUUCUACCCUUCACCCCCCUGAAUAACCGAUCACAUCCGAGGAGCCGACCCCCGACGUCUAGCCCACCAUCUGCUUCGCCUGCUGCCUGGAACUGUUUGUCUGAUGUUGCUCUGUGUGUGAGAGUGGAGGGAGAGAGAGAGAGUGGAUCGCCAGAUGGCCCAUACACCUGCAAUCUGCGUACACUCUGUACACCUUGACCUGUGACUGGCGGCGCCCACACACACAAAGGCUGGAAUUUCCUCCACUGCAGGCCUCCUCUGAUAAUCCAUCAUCCUCAUCCCACCUCUCCUGCAUCCUUCUCUCUCUCUCUCUCUCUCUCUCUCUCUCUCUCUCUCUCUCUCUGUCUCUGUCUCUCUCUCUCUG